ACCAGCUCAGUGUUUUCUGGCGCUCGGAACGGUACGGAACGGACGAUGAACAGGACCAGGUCCGUCGAAUCCGCCGAGGAUAGUCCGGUCGAGAUGACGGUGGAGACGGUUUCGCCGACGGCGUCCGAUGUCGGCUCGAUGUCGGACUCGCCGGCGAAGGCGGCACCGCAGAAGAAGAAGAAGCGUGGGCUGUCGUUCAAGAAGAUCCGGAACAAUGCCCAGCGGUUGAUUCCUGGGCGGAAGAAGGAGAACAGCAAGGAGAAGGUUGAGGGUGGUGGGGGUGAGGAGGUUCCCGAGGGAGUCCCACCUUUGGAGUCACCCCCACCGACGCCGGUGUUGAAGGAGAUGAAGUCCACGGAGAGUCUGCCGGCGAUUAAGGAGGAAGCCAAGGAGGUUCUACAGACCACCAAGUCGAUCGACGAGAUCCCAAAGGUCAAGAAGACCCGCAAACCGAGUCGCGCUGCAAGUUUCGUUAAGAAGCUGGCAGGUCGUAAGGCUAAGGUGGCCCCGAAUCCACCAAAGGGGGAGGACGAGGCGUCCGCGUCUACGACAGAGACUCCGCUCAGUAUCAAGCGACGUACGCCGGAAGGGGCCAACUUGAGCGUUUCGGAGACCAGUCUGUACGAGGGGGACAAACCGAUUGAUAGCUUCAAGAUCGAACAGCUCGAAAGUGAACCCAAAGUUGUGCGAACCAUUUCACCCAAAAAGACCGAAAUGAAAAUUACCCUGAUUAACAACGCCAGCACCGCCGAGGGAACCUCGUCGUCGUCGGCCGCAACUGCUAGGGCUUCCGGCAGCGGCGGCGGUGUCCAGUUACAAACCGCAUCGGCUUCGCUCGGUUCUUCGUCGCUGUCGUCGUCGUCGACAACGACCUCCUCGACUUCAUCGCCGACCAGCGGUGCUGAUAAAGCCAAACCCGGCUCAGUCGCAAGUGUUGGUGAGCCCAAGUCGGACGCACUUCUCGGUAGUUCUGCUCCUCCUUCAGCGAUCGAUUCUAAGCCAAUUAAGUCAGCGAUUACCACGGCCAUCGACCAGGAGUUGACCAUCAGCGCGCUCCUAGCCGGCGAUUACAACCGCUUCUCCAUUGACAAAGUCGACGAGGAAACGCCCGCAUCGCCGCGGGAAAAGUUCUUCCAACCGUUGAUCAACGCCGUAAGCACGGAUCAGGACCAGGACAACGCCGCCGAGACGCUCGAGGUCAAUGACAACGUGGCCAUCGUCACCCCGCCAACAACGCCAACCUCAGAAGACCCUGCACCGUCCAACGCCGGAAAACUGAAAAACAUUUUUAUGAAGAAGGACGCACAGAAAAAGGCCAAAUCUGCCGCUGCCAAGGCUGCUGCCGCCGCCGCCGCUGCAGCUGCUGCCACCGCUUCGGAAGGUUCCUCCUCCUCAACCACCGCCAACGACCCCAAACCGGCCACCGUUCGCACCCAGGAGGCGGCCAAACCGUACCAACUAGCCGGGAACAACAUCAAAAACCCCAACCUGCCCGGCUUCAAGUCCCUCGAACCUCCCGGUGGCGAAACCAUCGUGUUCAACAUCGGUUCCACCGUCCGGCCGGAUCGUACCGGGAGUGCCAAGAAGCCCGUCACCACCACCACCGCGAACCUACUUCCUCCCUCGCUCGAGGGUGGUGCCGCCCUGUCCGGCAACUUCAACCAGUCCAAAUCCCUCGAAGAGUACGGUUCCAUCGAGGGCGGUGGUCCGGACAGCAGUCCCCUGAGCAGUGAAAGUUCACGCCGAAGGAUUGCGUACGUGGCGCAACCGACGGACUUUACCCCGGAGGAAGAGGAGCUGGUUUCGGGGCGGCCCUCGUUGUUGAGCAGCAGUGCCGGUGGAGGGGCGGGAAGUUCCAGCCUGGAGGAGUCGGCCGAUUUUCUGGAGACCAGCGGCAGCAAGAUGUCGCCGCACGGGGAUUUGCUGCUGGAGAAGGGAGGGGAGCAGCUGUCCAACAUGUCCGCGGCGCCGACGGAGAAGCGCGAGCACCUGUACAAAAUCCUGGUGAUCGGCGAGCUCGGCACCGGUAAGACGUCCUUCAUCAAGCGGUACGUGCACCAGUUUUUCAGCCAGAACUACCGGGCCACGAUCGGGGUGGACUUUGCGCUCAAAGUGCUCAACUGGGACCAGAACACGAUCAUCCGGCUGCAGCUGUGGGACAUUGCCGGUCAGGAGCGGUUCGGUAACAUGACCCGGGUGUACUACAAAGAGGCGGUCGGGGCGUUCAUCGUGUUUGACGUGACCCGGAGUGCCACCUUCGACGCGGUCAUCAAGUGGAAGCAGGAUCUCGACUCGAAAGUGCAACUUCCGGACGGGAAGCCGAUUCCGUGCAUAUUGUUGGCAAAUAAGAGCGAUCAACAGAAGCAAGGUAUUGUCACGACGCCGGCCAAGCUGGACGAGUACGUGAAGGAGCACGGGUUCGCCGGCUGGUUCGAAACGUCCGCCAAGGAGAACGUUAACAUUGAGGAAGCUGCCAAAUCUUUAGUCAAUAAGAUCCUGACCAAUGACAAGCAGAUCAACGCGGGGGAGUUGAUGGACACGGACCGGUUCGCCCUGGCUGGCGGAAAGACGGACCCGACGCAGAAGAAAUCCUGUGCCUGCUGACCCAUAUGCCGCACCUGCAAGAAACAUAUGUCUCAGUGUCUUCUUUACUCGAUAUUUUAUUUUAUUGAUUAUUUUAUACAAGAAAACCUUAUAAUAUAUACAAAAAAAACAGAGCAUGAAGAGCAUAAUAAUAAAAACAAAAUAAAGCAAACAAUAAAGUUCAACCGCGAUGCACGCACGUGAGCAGAGUGAAACACACUUCCAAGUACCAAAAAAAAAGGAUAACCUAUUUUAGAGAAGCACGCGGGAGGGUGGCGAAAACAAAAAAUAAAGGUAUCAUCAGCUUGUAUUCUUGCACACCUGAUAUAAAACACAUGUGAAACCAAUUCAGUCCCAUACUUAACCGUCUGAGCUGUGUGUAGCUUUUAUACUGGAAAUUGUUAAUAUUUAAAACAAAAAUGCCUGCUAAUUAAAUCAAUACAAAAAGAGAGCAAAACAAAUAAAAAAACCCGUUGGAUAUAUUGUACAGCAAA